AUGCAACCACCUCCACAACGGAGUGAUCUACACAUGCAAGGGUACCUUCGAUCUAUACUAAUUCAUUCUAUUGAUAAUUUCAACUUUAAGAACGCAGAGUUUGCUGGAGAAAGAUUAUUGGCACUAGAUCCUAAAGAAAACGACCUGUUGUAUUUAUAUUGUCUUUCUUUGUAUCAUUUGGGGAAAUAUCAAACUUGUUAUAAUAGAUUGGUUGAUUGCAAGAUAACUCAUUUGGGAUGUUCUUAUUUGUUUGCUAGAUGUUGUUUACAACUUGAUAAAUUCAAAGAAGGGGUUUAUCAUCUAACAAAAAUUCACUAUUUAUAUGAGGAUGGUACUAAUGAGAGUCAAGGUUUCGUUGAUUUGAAACAGAAACUCACUUAUGAACACCACAGAUCCAUUUACCCGGAUUCCUCAGUAGUCUACCAUGUUCUAGGGGAUCUAUAUAAAGGUAUGAAUGACGUUAAGAAUUCAAGUUUGAGCUAUGCUGAAUGUUUGAAGUUUAACCAAUUUGAUUUCGAAGCGCUUCAGAAACUUUGCAAGCUUGGUGUGGAUAUUAGAGUCAAGGCAAUCUAUAAGGCCAAUGCUAAAAUUGGGGUUAUAAAUAAUUUCAAGACCUCUUCAUCAUCUUCAACAACAGCAACAGCAACAGCAACAGCAACAGCAACAGGACCAGUUUACAAUAAUAAUACGUUAGCUGAUAAUGAGAGUGGCCUCUUCAGUGACACCGAUACAGGUCAUAAAGAGAGAAUUCUUGGAGGUUUAAAUAUUGCCAUAGAUGACUCGUUCAAAGAUACUAACCAAUCAAGCAUAUGGAAUCCAUUCACAAACUCACCCACAAAGGGAGUUACAUCUCCUAAAAUGACUCCGACAUUAAGAGGAGAUCCUGGAUUGAGAAAUCAACAACAAAAGCGUCCAAACACAGCCAUUACUCCAAGAAUGAGAUCAACUUCAACUGGUGAACUACCAAGUGCACCUGUAAGAAAAACAGUUCAUAAUCUGUCGGCAACAUUUGAAUUUCCUAAACCAACUUUCCCUAUAACUACUGAUUCUUCAAGACAAAAGCAGAAGGAUAGAAACAUUAAUAUCACCUCAAGAUUAAUAAGUCAACCAUCAACAACUGCCAGACAAGAUUUGCAUCUCAAUCCACCUACGAAUCCUAAAUCAACACCGGCUACCAAGCGAAGUACUGGUUCAAUGACACCGUUAAUAAACACUCCUGCGCCAAUUGGCGGGGCGUUUACGGGAGUUGACAACACUCGUACACUUAAACGUACCAGUUCAUCUACCUUAAUAGCCGGAAAGGAAGCAAAUUUAUUACCAGGAGCUGCUCAAACAUCAAUGGGGUUAUUCACCUCAAAGGAGAUUGAACAAGCAGGGAUACAGUUAAUAAACUUGUACACUAUAUUUGCUAAAGGGUUUAAAGCAAUGUGCAAAUUCGAUUGCUAUAAGGCAAUUAGAAUAUUUGACUCUCUUCCAGAAAGAGAAAAGCGUACACCAUGGAUACUAAGCAAAUUAGGAAGACUCCAUUACGAAAUUGUGAAUUAUAAGCAAAGUGAAUAUUAUUUUGUACAAUUACGACAAGUUGAUCGUACCCGAUUGGAAGAUAUGGAAUAUUUUAGUACAUUAUUGUGGCAUCUACAGAAGAAAGUUGAACUAACAUAUCUAGCCAAUGAACUUCAUGAUAUUGACUCCAAUAGUUCUAUUACUUGGUGUGUGAUUGGUAAUUUGUACUCAUUGAUGCGAGAACCCGAUGAAGCCAUUAAAUGCUUUACUAAGGCAACAAAGCUUGACCCUAAAUUUGUGUAUGCUUAUACAUUACGAGGCCAUGAGUACUUUGGAAAUGAUAAUUAUGAAAUGGCUUUGGAGAAUUUUAGAAUUAGUUUACUCUAUGAUGCCAGGCAUUACAAUGCAUUAUAUGGUAUUGGAAUGGUUUACAUUAAUUUGGGUGAAUACACUAAAGCCGAUUAUCAUUUCCGCAAAGCGGUAGCAAUUAACCCCAUUAAUGUCAUAUUAAUUUGUUGUGUGGGGAUGAUAUUUGAAAAAUUGGGGAAAAAGCCACUUGCUUUAAAGCAAUACGAAUUGGCUACGAAACUACAGCCUUUAAAUCCAUUGCCUAUAUUUAAAAAAGCUCAAUUACUAUUUUCUAUGCAACAAUUCACUCAAGCUCUUAGAUAUCUUGAAGAAUUGGCCCAACUUGCACCAGAUGAAGCCUCAGUCCAUUUCCUAUUAGGGCAAUUAUACAAUAUCCAGAACAACAAAUUUAUGGCACUAAAGGAAUUUACCAUAGCGUUGAACCUAGAUCCUAAAGGGAACUUUUUAAUACGAGAAGCUAUGGAAUCGAUGAGGAAUAAUACUACUAAUUAUAAUAGUAAUGCUAACAAGGUAUAA